UGGAUGUGGCCUCUUUGCGCCAAGCCACAGCCUCGGUGGCCCGGUUUGGGGAGAGCCCACGUGCCCGCCACUGACUUCCUGAAGGGUCCUGGGCCGUCGCUCCAUCCAGUCGGGCCCUGUGUCUACUGCUCGGCCAUGACCACGGCGUGGUACCGGCCCACGUGGGACCUGGCCCUGGACCCGCUGGUGUCGUGCAAGCUGUGCCUCGGCGAGUACCCGGUGGAGCAGAUGACCACCCUGGCCCAGUGCCGCUGCGUCUUCUGCACGCUGUGCCUGAAGCAGUACGUGGAGCUCCUGAUCAAAGAAGGAUUCGAAACCGCUAUCAGCUGCCCGGACGCCACCUGCCCGAAGCAGGGCCGCCUGCAGGAGCACGAGAUCGAGUGCAUGGUUGCGGCUGAAAUUAUGCAAAGAUACAAAAAGCUACAAUUUGAAAGAGAGGUGCUGCUGGACCCCUGUCGGACCUGGUGCCCGGUGUCCACCUGCCAGGCCGUGUGCCAGCUCCCGGAGAUGGGGCUGCAGACGUCCCAGCCGGUGCAGUGCAAGGCCUGCGCCACGGAAUUCUGCUCCGCCUGCAAGGCCAGCUGGCACCCCGGCCAGGGCUGCCCGGAGACCAUGCCCAUCACCUUCCUUCCCGGGGACACCAGCUUCCCAGCAACAAGGGUGGGGCCGGUGACCCAGCCCCCGUGCCGGCUGGGAGAUGGCCCGGCUGAUUACGGCAUUGCCGUGUCGUGUUAUUUCGUCUGCUGUGUGGCUGGUAACUCCUACAUGGCUGGUUCCUCUUGCUGCCUCGGUUGGACUCUCCCCCCAGAUCCUGGCCUACAGCGGGCACCCCUUUCUAGGGAGGCGCCACCCUGGUUUGCCACAGUCCCCGCCACACCCUCUUGCCUCCCUGGCCCUGACGCUGGCGGUCAGGUGUCUUUUAUGACUCACCGUCCACUCGGCUGUUUUCAAAACGAGAUCUCCCCGCCACCCCCGUCCCCAAGCAGCGUCGGUCAGCGUUGCUCACGUACCUGACACCUGAGCCUUAAAGGCGUGAGGACGUGUGGACGUGGGGACGCUGUCAGGCUCCUGGCUCUCUCCCUAGCAGGACUGUGCAGAGGGGACAGUGUCACGUGUGGUUCGGCCGGGAGCCGUUGCAGCAGGUAGACUCCUGUGCAGGCCCCGUGCUCCGGGACUCCCCUAUUUUAACCGUUUCUGUUGGAAAACGUCUCCUGGGGAUGCUCUCCGGGGUGCGGGCCCUGGUCGGGGCAUUUCCUUCAGAACGGCUUCGAGUCCCACGAGAAAAUCGGUCCCCUGCCCCAAGGUGGGUCCUGCGAGCAGCCACGUGACCGGACCAGGGAGUCACCUCGCUCGCUGGCUUGGCGCCCGGGGACCGUGUCUGCAGCCACCGGCUUCACGGGGCGGCCCCCGCCAGCGUGUGCAGAGCCGGCCUGGCCCAGGUCCACCGGCUCCCACGUGCCCUGCAGCCGCCUCUGACACAAGAGCGGACGAUGGACGGCGUUCCGUCCUCACACCUGAACAUCUGCGUUACUUUUUUAUUAAAUAUGUUUUUAUUGAUCUUUAGAGAAAGAGGAAGGGAGAGCGAUAGAGAGAGAGAAACGUUGAUGA